AUGUGUCAGGAGGGCGAGGAUUAUGGGGCGCCCGCGCCCGAGAUGCCGCCGCCGCCGCGGGCUGGCCGUGAGCUGAAGUGUGUGAAGUGCAAGGAAGGCCUGCCGGUGGUGGUGAUACGAGCAGGAGAUGCCUUCUGCAGGGACUGUUUCAAGGCAUUCUAUGUCCACAAGUUCAGAGCUGUGCUCGGGAAGAACCGGCUGAUCUUUCCAGGAGAGAAGGUGCUCCUGGCGUGGUCUGGGGGGCCUUCGUCUAGCUCCAUGAUCUGGCAGGUUCUUGAGGGCCUGAGUCGAGAUUCUGCCAAAAGACUGCGUUUUGUGCCAGGAAUUGUCUACGUGGAUGAGGGAGCAGCCUGUGGACAGAGCCCGGAGGACAGAGCCAGAACCCUAGCUGAGAUGAAGCUGAUCCUGCAGACAGUUGGUUUUCCCUGGCACAUUGUUGCCUUAGAAGAGGUGUUCAGCCUGCCGCCAUCCGUGCUUCGCUACCUUGCCCAGGAGCCCUCAGGGACCAAGGGGGCCUACAAAGCAGCCGUGGACAGUUUCCUCCAGCAGCAGCAUGCGCCAGCUGAAGGGGAGGAGCAGCUGAGCCAGCCUGGCUCCCAGGACCCUCAGAGCCCAGCUGGGCUACCCACAGCUGCCCAGACUGAGGCUCAGCCACCCACAGCUGCCCAGACCGAGGCUUUAUCUAGACUCUUCGACUCUGUGAAGACACUGACAGCCAAGGAGGAGCUUCUUCAGACCCUGCGAACCCAUUUGAUUCUGCAUGUGGCCCGGACUCAUGGCUACUCCAAGGUGAUGACGGGGGACAGCUGUACCCGCCUGGCCAUCAAGCUCAUGACUAGCCUGGCGCUGGGGAGAGGGGCCUUCCUGGCCUGGGACACGGGCUUCUCUGAUGAGAGGCACGGUGACGUGGUGGUAGUGCGGCCCAUGCGCGAGCACACACUGAAGGAGGUCGCCUUCUACAACCGCCUGUUUGCCGUGCCCUCCGUCUUCACACCAGCUGUCGACACCAAGGCCCCUGAAAAGUCCAGCAUCCACCGGCUUAUGGAAGCCUUCAUGCUCAGGCUGCAGGCCCAGUUCCCCUCCACAGUCAGCACUGUGUACAGAACGAGUGAGAAGCUGGUCAAGGCCCCAAGGGAUGGCAGUGCUGGUGGCCCCCCAGGCCCCCGCUGCCUGCUCUGCAUGUGCGCACUGGACAUCGACACUGCUGAUAGUGCCACGGCUUUUGGGGCCCAGACUUCACAUCUCUCCCAUAUGCAGCCCCCCACCCCACCAGCUGAGGCACCCACAACACCCUGCUGCUCUGCAGGGGCGGGCAGGGCCCAAGGCUGUUGCCGGGGGGCUGAGCCCUGCAGGAGGGAGGACCCCCGAGCCCACGUCAUCGAGCAGCUAUGCUACGGGUGCCGUGUGAACAUGAAGGACUUGCCUUCCUUGGACCCCCUGCCACCCUACAUCCUGACUGAGGCCCAGUUCCGUAGCCAGAGGGCCUCGGUUUUGCAGGAGAUGCAGGAGUAUCUGAUUGACAGUGAUGAUGAGGCGCAGACUGGUGAGAGCUGA